CAUAUCCUACGUAAAGACAAGAACCUCAGAUGGGGUUAGGGAGAUCAACUUUGAGGAACUGCAAUAGAGCAACUUUUCUAGGAGACACCACCAAAUUUCAAGUGCAUGUGACUUUGGGCAAAGAUCAACAAAAUGAUAUUCCAUGUAAAUAACCCAGGAGGAUACUGCAAGUAUGGAUAGAAAUUGACCAAUAAAUUAAGCUUGUUCAUGCAUGAUUUUGAUUCAGGGGUUGGCAAUUUAUUCCACAGGUGCCACUGUGACUUUGCUCUUCUUCAUUUGAUCCAACUAAUACUGAGACAAAGCAUUUCGUUAUGGAAAGGUGGAUCCUUUGAGGCCUUACAACCUGUUCAAAUGUAACCUAUACAGUUGUAAAAUCUUACCUGAGGUUCGUAGCUUCCUGACCACAUCUUAAUCAUGCCAUGCCUUAAAUUUCUUUCAGUUAUAACCAAUGGCCUGUGAAAGAAAAAUAAGAAACAUAUGAUUCUCAAGCUUAUUUACAAUCUAGAAGAUGUGUGCACAAGAAUGAAAGUCUUGAUUGUUUGCAUUAAUAGCAGCAGGUUCUGUAGUUCUGGCACAAAUUUGGAGAGGAUUACUAGAAGAUCUUGAUUACCUAAAUCACUAGUGACUUAAAACAGCUUAGAAACCAAAGUGUCACCUAAACACGGUGUAGUGCUUCAGUACCACAUAGAUAUCAGGGGAUUGGAGCAAAUCAAUUCAAAAUCUCGUGCACGUUCUGUAGAGUGGCAGUAAGGGUGACUUUAUUGUCAAAUAGAGACUCUGAAUAACAAAAAUAAUAGAGUGCCAAAAAUUGCUUAACUGCUUCAUGGAAUCACUAUUGUGAAAUGGGAAAGUAUUACCAGCACCAAAAGUUCAUCUAUUUGGAGACAUUGAUCAUUGUCAGGUUGUCUAUUGUGCGUAUUAGAAGCCCUCUUGAUUGGCAGCACAUUGAGUCUAUUACAUUCUAGAACUACUUGGAGAGGUUUGAGGAUCUUGAAAUACAUAAAAAAACCAGGAAUUCCAGACCCAUGGCAAAAGGAAGCAGCAUUAAACAGGACUUGAGGCAAAAGGAAGUUGAAUUCAUACCUAUGAACUCUGCUUCUACACUAACGUAUUUUAUCUCAAAAACUGAUAUUGCAGUAUCUAAGAUAACAAAAUUUUCAACUGUAGUUACAGAGAAGUAUGGAAAUGGUAGUCAAGAAUGCAUAAUAUUCAAGCAAUCCUUUAUAAAGUACUGUUGUUAAACGGUACCAGAGAUGGGAAAUUAGCAAAUGAAACCAUGCAUCGACUCCAAAAGCAUGUUCCAAGACAGUUCCAACUAGUUUCAGAAUAUGGUGUACAUGUCUUCCAGAGUUCAAAAUUUCAAAUACAUAAAGAUUGCCUUAGACUCGACCACCUAGAACAUCUUUUAUUUUUAGGCAUUGGGUGACUGGAGCCCUCCUCCCUCCAGGGACAAGGGAGAGGUAUGUAUAAAAUAUCAAAUAUUAUUGAGGUGACUCUGUUUCAGAACACCUUACAUCAGCCAAUAUCAUCACUUCGACCAAACUCAAUCUAGAAAAAGAGAGAGAUUUAUGUUUUACAGACAAGUACACAAACGGCCUACAACAGGGGGUGAAGAUAAUUGAAAUAACAGCAGUGUGAAGUUCAAAUCACAAGGCAGUGGAAGAUAGAAUGCCAUAAUCUAAAUUGCGCAGACUCUUCACUUUCGAUAUGCCGCAUCUUGUUGGAUUCUCCAAAAUAUACUACUUUUGGAGAAUCCGACACACACCCGUUGACAUUUUUGAAGAGUCCGAGCAACAUAGGACAUAAUACAUUUGUUUUUGCAAAACAAAAAGAAUCUUUAAGAAAAAAGAAGAAAUGAAUAAAGAAGUCAGAAGAUGGCAUGCUUGAGAAAAUUCUACAUCGUUGCCUGCUUAGAGAAGGUACGACACCCAGAAUAUCCAGAUGUCAAGACCAUUUUAUCAUGGAAGCUUUCCUGAGCAGAUCUGACACAAAAAUUGUAUGUACUUGUCAAGUUUGAUCUACGGUAAACAUGAUCAUUUGUUGAAAACAUUAGCUUUCGAGCUCAUAAUCUGUCUAGAGGCAAGAAAUGAAAUUAAAAACUAGUCUCUAAGCCCAACUACAGGUAGUGUAUGAUACAAACACGACCACGGUGAUGGAGGUGUACGAGUGUGUCAAGAGUCCACCCGAGCUAAGACAUUGUUGAAGUGUGAAAGAAGGGCUUAAAAGGGCACCAAAAUAGUCCACACCAUACCCUUGAUGGGCGCCCCACUCUUUGAGGGGCUUUUUGGUCAUUUUACACUUUAUUUUGUAAUAUACUAUAUAUAGAACCUUGUAGGGUUUCAUUAGUUAGUUUUUUGAUGAUGUUGCAAGUCAUAAGACACAAAGAAACACAAGUCCUCUCCCUUUGGAGGCACAAAAUUGAAACUAGGUUUCAACUUGAGUGUGGAAUCACUCGUGUUGGAUUGUUUGAUGGGCGCCCCACUCUUUGAGGGGCCUUUUGGUCAUUUUACACUUUAUUUUGUAAUACACUAUAUAUAGAACCUUGUAGGGUUUCAUUAGUUAGUUUUUUGAUGAUGUUGUAAGUCAUAAGACACAAAGAAACACAAGUCGUCACCCUUUGGAGGCACAAAAUCAAAACUAGGUUUCAACUUGAGUGUGGAAUCACUCGUGUUGGAUUGUUGGCUUGAUACGUUGGUGUUUAGAGGAGGUAAAGUCCCUCUUGUGUCAACGUAAGAACUUGGUGUUAGAUUACAUGUUUGUAGGGGUUUUUGAGUUUAAUAUACUCUUUAGUUUCUAUCUUACAUGUUCUCUUUAUGUCAAGUUAUUUAUCCAUUAUCUCUUAAGUUAGUUUUGCUUUCUUGUUGUCGUUUUGUGCCUAUUCUAGUGGACUAUUUUGUGAUGUUUUGUGGGCUUUUUUGUGCUAUCUUUGGACCGUUUGGUAUCAUUUGGUAUCAGAGCUAAGGUUGAUUUUGUUUCCACAAGACCAAUCUUGGGCUCGUUUGAUAGAAAAUUCAGAAAAAAAGUGUUCUACGUGUUGGUGUUCUUGGCCGAGAAGUGAGUCCUUGUUGUUCUGUUGUCUUGGCAGAAUGUUGUGUCUAGAUCUAGGUGUCUUUUGCUUGUUUUGAGUGUUUCUUGUGUUAGUUUUCUUCUUCUCUAACACCUUGAGUCUAGAUCCAAGUGAGCUUGAACCUUUGUGUGGUAUUGUUGUUGGCGGAUUCAAGAAUUUGAACAUUAUUGGUGUUGUUGUGUGGACCGAAACUUGAAGGUAUGGCUUGAACUCGUGUUAUUGGUAUUUUGUUGUGGGUUUUUAAGCUUGAAAAGGUGUUGUUUAUUGGUGGAGGUUCAAUGUGAGGCUAGAUUUUCAAACUUUAGACCAUCUUCAUGUCUAGUUGCAAAAAGGCUCUUCAAUAGUGUUGUUUGAUCCAAAAGCCAAGUAGAAAGAAGUGAAGCGUUUGUUAGUCUUGAAAACAAAUCCCAAAGACCUACCAAAAGGUAAGGUAAAGGGGAUAAAAAUAUCUACAAAAGACUUGGUACCAAAAGAGGAAAAGAAUACUUUUCUAGUUGUCCAAAAGAGGAAAGGGCCACCAACCUUUCAAAAAGGUGUCUUGCCCAAAAGGUGUAAGACAAGUCAAACCUUUUUGAAUGUGAAAAAGGGCUCCAACCUUGAUGUUUUCUUCCCCAAGGCUGAAAUACACUUCUUCAAGAAUUGAAAAUUGAACCAAAAUUUCAAAGUUGGAAAAAUAAGAACCUUUCAAAAACCGCAACCAAUCUUAGACCGCCAUAUCACCAAUUUCCGUACAAUACCGAAACUUAGGGCUCAAAAUCUUGGAUUAUUAGUUUCUUGUUGUUGAUUCUUAGUUUCUUUUUUUUGUUGAUUCUUAUACUAAUUGGCAACUAGUAACUACCUACUAAGUUGUAAAUUAGUUUAUGAAUACGUUUCUUCGUGUUAGCGUUACUUUUUGUGCUUUUAUUGUUUUUGAAUUGUAGUAUUUUUUGGUUCAAGUUCGGACAUUACUUUCUUGAGUCUUCAAGCAAGGAAUCCAUUCCGACCAAGGAGUAUACUCACCGCUCGACUCAUCACGAACUACAAGCUGACUUGCAACACUUGUGAAACCAAGUGUGAGAUGAUCAAGACGUGAGAGAGAGUAUGGUGAGGAGUUUGUGAACUAAUUAUUUUUUUUUGUUUCUUGAGUUUGUUUUGUUUGUAGGUACAAUUGCAAUGGAACCCGCGGCUUCAACCUCUCCAACCUUGGGCAAUGAUGUUACAGGUGCCAUUUUGGCCCACCUUGACAUUAUUUCUCGAUACUUGGCUAUGACAAAUGAAAGGUUGGAUCAUAUGGUAGGCUAAAGGGAGCACGUGGGCUGCAUGGACACAUGUCAAGAUGACAGUUAUACCUCAUAUCUACAAGGUAAAAACGCUAUCCCCUACACUCCUAUGAACUUAGAAUGUUAUGGUGUGGCUAGUAGUAGCCAAAUGGAUGUAGUUGCGGUUUUGCCUAGUAUAGAAGGGCAUGAUUCUUUGAGCAUGAUGCAUGAUGAACGCCUUAUCGAUAGUUUUGAUCAUGGAAAUCAUGUAAUUGAAAAUGGGAGUGAAUCCGAGAGCAUGUAUUAUGGUAAGGAAUCUAAUAUUUGUCUCGCUAAUUGGGAUGAUCAUGUGUUUGAAACUUCUUUGGAACUUGAUGGUUGUUCUUCAGAGAGUAAAUGUGUGUAUUCUAAAUCUGCCCCUAGGGUAGAUUCUACUUUCUUUAGGCAUAAUAUCUUGUUUGAAGACAGUACAUUCACUCCUAAUGAACCUAGUGGUGCGAAUGAUGGUGUGACUUGUCUUGAAGGCUAUAGCCUAUAUGUUAACCUACUAUGGCGUGACAACAUUCCUCCUCAAGAUGGAAAUCUCUUCUUGGAAGAUGAGAGUACUCUUAAGAGUAGGGAAUGUGUAGUCUUGGAAAGGAAUAGUCAAUCAAGUGAAGAUGACCUUGAAUCGCUUGAAUGUUUAGGAAACCCGAAAUGUGAUUGUUCUUGUGAUAAUGUUUUAGUGUGCGAUCCCUUUGCUGCCCAAGGUGAUUUAUAUCUAUAUGGGGAUUACUCUCUUGAAAGAGAAUGUGGUGCAUGCUUAGAAAUUCCAUCUACUUCUUCUUUAUGUGUUUCCUAUGUUAAGUAUACUAGUGUUGAUGGACUUGAAACUAGUGAGUACAUGCAUAAGGAGACCAUAGCUGAAGUUGGCUUGAGUGACACCUUUCUCUACCCCCUUUGUGCUCAUGAUAUUUCCACUAGUGAUCUAGAGGGUGUGCCUAAUUUUGAGGAAGACACCUUAGGGGAAAGUGAGAGUGGCCGAGACCUAGUCCUUGGUUACUUCUACCCUUUGAUCCCGGUGCCAUCUUAGAGUAUGGUAGGAGUAGUAUCGGCCUAUGUUCUUUAUUUCUUGGUGUUUAUCCUAGUCACUUCCUUUGCGCCAUUUGUACUAAGCUUUUCAUGUUCACCAUAAAGGACCCUUGGAUAUACUUCAAAUUUGUCCCACCUCGGCAUGACAUGUUGAUGUGUUUAUUUUGCUAACCCUAACCCUCACGCCAUGAGGAAGUAUGGUUGUUUGUCUCUUCUUUGAUUUUGCAAGGUUUGGAUUCGAGGUCGAAUCCUUUUCAAGAAGGGGAGGAUGAUACAAGCACGACCACGAUGAUGGAGGUGUACGAGUGUGUCAAGAGUCCACCCGAGCUAAGACAUUGUUGAAGUGUGAAAGAAGGGCUUAAAAGGGCACCAAAACAGUCCACACCAUACACUUGAUGGGCGCCCCACUCUUUGAGGGGCCUUUUGGCCAUUUUUCACUUUAUUUUUUAAUACACUAUAUAUAGAACCUUGUAGGGUUUCAUUAGUUAGUUUUUUGAUGAUGUUGUAAGUCAUAAGACACAAAAAAACACAAGUCCUCUCCCUUUGGAGGCACAAAACCGAAACUAGGUUUCAACUUGAGUGUGGAAUCACUCUUGUUGGAUUGUUGGCUUGAUACGUUGGUGUUUAGAGUAGGAAAAGUCCCUCUUGUGUCAACGUAAGAACUUGGUGUUAGUUUUACAUGUUUGUAGGGGUUUUUGAGCUUAAUAUACUCUUUAGUUU